GGGUGUGGUAAUCGCUAUGUGAAUUGCCUUGAAACUAGUAAAUUUGACUCCGGGUUCGUUGUUUUUUUAUAUAUAUAUAAAUAAUACGAAAUGGGUGCGUUAAUAUUUUGAAAUAAGGAAUUUGCUCACCCUUACAGGCGGUUGGAGGAUUCUGUAGUGUUGUUGCAUCAGGUUUUUGUCUUUUGUCAAAGUUGGGAGAAGGAGUGAAACGCUUGCUGGACCAUGAGUGAGCUGGAGCAGUUGCGGCAGGAGGCAGAGCAGCUGCGCAAUCAGAUCAGAGAUGCCAGGAAAGCAUGCAGCGACUCCAGCCUGUCCCAGAUUACAGCUGGUCUGGAUUCAGUUGGUAGGAUCCAGAUGAGAACGAGGCGGACACUCCGAGGCCAUUUAGCCAAAAUCUACGCCAUGCACUGGGCUACUGAUUCUAGGUUACUAGUUAGUGCCUCACAAGAUGGCAAACUCAUCAUUUGGGACAGCUACACCACAAACAAGAUUCAUGCCAUUCCAUUAAGGUCAUCAUGGGUGAUGACUUGUGCCUAUGCUCCCUCAGGGAAUUAUGUAGCCUGCGGAGGCCUGGACAACAUCUGCUCAAUCUAUAGCCUUAAAACCCGUGAGGGCAAUGUCAGAGUCACUAGAGAACUUCCUGGACACACAGGUUAUUUGUCGUGUUGUCGCUUUCUGGAUGAUAGUCAGAUAGUCACCAGCUCUGGAGAUACUACUUGUGCUCUGUGGGACAUUGAGACUGGUCAGCAGACCACCACAUUCACAGGGCACAGUGGAGAUGUGAUGAGCCUGUCACUCAGCCCUGACUCUAGGACCUUUGUGUCAGGUGCCUGCGAUGCAUCCUCAAAAUUGUGGGACAUCCGAGAUGGAAUGUGCAGACAGUCUUUCACAGGACAUGUUUCUGAUAUAAAUGCUGUCAGUUUCUUCCCAAAUGGUAAUGCGUUCACCACAGGCUCGGACGACGCCACUUGUCGUUUGUUUGACCUUCGCGCAGACCAGGAACUGAUGAUGUAUUCGCAUGACAACAUUAUCUGCGGCAUCACUUCCGUGGCCUUCUCUAAGAGUGGCCGCCUGCUGCUUGCUGGCUAUGAUGACUUCAACUGCAAUGUAUGGGAUACUCUAAAGGGAGAGCGUGCAGGUGUUCUAGCUGGGCAUGACAACAGAGUCAGUUGUUUGGGGGUAUCCAGUGAUGGCAUGGCUGUGGCUACCGGUUCUUGGGACAGCUUCCUUAGGAUAUGGAACUGACCUCACUGGGUUGGACUUUGGGAGCCACGCUUUCUGAUCACACAGUCACUGUAGUGCACUGCUACCAAACACAGGACCCUUCCCUCUCCAUCUCCUCCUUAUAGAUGCCCUAGUUUUCUUCAUCUUCUCUCUUUCUUAGACCACAUUAUCCCAUCAUCCUGCAGUCAGUUAAAGAGGUGAGGACCAA